AUGCCUGGUCCACGCCAAAGUUGUCGACAACUGGGUACCGGCGGGCGGCAAAGAGAUUUUUGCCACCCUGCUGGAGGACGACAACGGCGACCGGCUGCGCCUGGUAGUGCUGCAGGGCAGGAACGUCGAAAAGUGCGUCAUAGGUGGAAACAAGCAGGAGGAGGGAGCAAGAUUGCCGGAGGAAGUGGAGGGGGGAGGACGAGCGCAGGAAAUAAAGAACGAAGGGACGCAGGAAAAGAAGGUUCAGGACAGCAGCGGAGAUACAUCUCCAACACCUGCAGUCGACAAUACAGAAGAAAGAGAGCAGGCCUCAAGUUCUACUACAAGAACAUCUUCGGGCGGUAG